GUCACUUGGGACUCGGAGGAAGACGGAACGCCCAACAAUGACAUGCUGAACAGAGCCUCGACUCACCCUGACUGAUCAACAGUGACAGGGCGAGGAAGGGGAGCGCACAACCGUCUUGAAGGAAGGAGGGCGCAGCAAAUGCGAGACAAGCUCUGCGGAAAUGCGCAGGCCGCAUCUUUUUUCCGCCGGGACAAUGCUUGGUCAGGGCGCCUUUUCGCCUGGACUAGGUCCUCCUCCGGGGGAUAUGGCAGCGGGGCCGUUGACUCCCGUGCUGUCGCCAUCGGGAGAGCUGUCGGGGAAGGGUGAUGACAUGCAUGGCAAAGUCCGCAAGCCGUACACCAUUACCAAGCAGCGGGAGAAUUGGACCGAGCAGGAGCACAAUAAGUUUCUGAAGGCCCUAGAACUUUUUGAUAGGGACUGGAGAAAGAUUGAAGAGUACGUGGGAACAAAAACUGUCAUACAGAUCCGGAGUCACGCGCAGAAGUAUUUUCUGAAGGUCCAGAAACUUGGUCAGGAUGCACACGUGCCGCCCCCAAGGCCCAAGCGCAAAUCCUCACAACCUUAUCCUCAAAAAGCUUCCAAAGUAGUCGCUGCUGCCCACGCGGCGCAACAAGCAGCAGUUGCUUCCAGCAAGGUUUAUUCACCCAGGGAAGGUGCUUACACUCCUGGGGGAGCCCAUCCUGCGGUGCCCCCACAGUCGCCUCAGGAGGAGACUGGCACGUUGGGGGCUCCAGCUUGGGGACCUGACACUCCUUCAAAAGCCAACCCCGACUUCGCUAAGGUGUAUCGGUUCUUGGGAGAUGUGUUUGAGAUUGGGGUUGCGGGGAAUCUGCAGAAGCUGAAGUGCAUGCCUCCAAUCGACCGCGAGACCAUCAUCCUGCUGAUGAGGAACCUCGCAAUCAACCUGGCGAGCCCAGUUUUCGCAGAACAGCAACACAUCUUGGCCCUUGCGGACUCGUCAGCUCGCGGCCAGCAGCCCGAAGAGCCAGCACAGCCCCGGAUGAUAGAGCCAGAGUCACAGAGCGCCCCUCCAACCCCAUCGGAUGCUUCAGUAACCCCUGGCGAGCAAGGCAACUUGGUGGCGACAGGCGCGCCUUUCCUGGAUAGCCCUGGGUACAGGGAUACCGUGCAGCAGCAACAGCAGAGUCCUCUUUACGAGCAAGGCGGGAGGGGGGUUACAAGGGCUUCGAGUUUUGCCGACGGUGUUCCUCUUGGGCUUGGUUUGGGAUUGGGGGUGUCCCAAACAAUACAGAGGGAUAUGCGGACGGAAAGUAAGGAGCCAGCAAAGAGUGUAGGGGGAUGAGUCGCAUUCUGGUGUUUCCGGUACAUGCUUUAGAUGAGCCAACUUAUAAGCGCUUGUUAUUCUUUGGCUCUUGCGGAUUGCAAUAGAAAGGGCGUUAGUGUACACUUGUGUAAAGUUAGAACAAAGCUUUCUGGCGUUGCUAAGGCGAUUAUACUUUUGAGUCAAAAUUCACAAAUGAAGUUUAGUCGCAUUAUUAAUAGGAUGUAUGCAAUUUGAAAGGAUUGUAUGGACUGUCGCGUUGUUAUGUUUGAAGUCAAAAGAUUCAGGGCCCGGGGUCUUUCCAUGUUCACCGUUAUGAGG